AUGGGCAGCCUCUGGCCAUGGGUGCUGGGUCUGCUCUCUUUGCCAGGUUUGAUCCUAGGAGCACCCUCAGCCUGCACUUCCCCAGAAGCCUGUGGAACCAGCUACUCAGAGGGCCUCAACCCCGAGGAGACCCAGACAUCCUGGGAUAAGGACAUCCCUGCGAUUAACCAAGGGCUCAUCCCAGAGGAAUCCCCUGAGAGCAGCUUCCUCCUGGAGGGGGAUAUCCUUCGACCAAGUCCCUUCCAGGUGUUCUCAGUGAGCAGCAACAAGUGGCCUAAGAAUGGGGGGUUUGUGGAGGUCCCCUUCCUGCUCUCCAGGAAGUACGAUAAAGCCAGCCGUGAGGUCCUCCUGAGGGCAUUUGCUGAGUUUGAGCGGUUCACAUGCAUCCGGUUUGUUGCCUACCGGGGCCAGAGAGACUUCAUUUCCAUCAUCCCCAUGUCUGGGUGUUUCUCCAGCGUGGGACGCAGUGGAGGGAUGCAGGUGGUGUCCCUAGCACCCACCUGUCUCCAGAAAGGCCCGGGCAUCGUCCUGCAUGAGCUCAUGCAUGUGCUGGGCUUCUGGCAUGAGCACUCACGGGCUGAUCGGGACCGCUAUAUUCGUAUCAAUUGGAACGAGAUCCUCCCAGGCUUUGAAAUCAACUUCAUCAAGUCUCAGAGCAGCAACAUGUUGGUGCCCUAUGACUACUCAUCAGUGCUGCACUAUGGGAGGUUUGCCUUCAGCCGGCGGGGGCUGCCCACCAUCACACCCCUCUGGGCUCCCAGUGUCCAAAUUGGCCAGCGAUGGAAUCUGAGCACCUCGGACAUCACACGGGUCCUCAGGCUUUACGACUGCAACCCGAGUGGCCAAGGCCCCCGUGGUGGAGGGUUCCAGCCCCACAGCGAUGGUAGGAGCCCUACUCCUGCCCCUAGACCAUCCCUGCAACGGCUUCUGAAGGCAUUGUUGGCAGAAUCUGGGAACCCCGACGCCAGUGGCCCCAAGGCAGGAGGCCGACAUGUUGCUGCAGGGCCCCGAGAGAGCUCACAUAGCUGGGAGCUCCCUGCGCAGAGGAAGGUCACUGUGGGGGCCUCUGCAAGGCUGCCUCAGACCCCAGCUUCUUCCCUGAACUCCAGGCCUGGAGCAGGUGUUCCUGGUGUUCUAGAGAUGUCCCGACUGGCCCAAGCACCCUCUGUACCCCCAACCACAUCUCCAGAGGCAGAAGGCCAGCUAGUGCCUAUCCAGGAUGCUUUGGGGAACCCAGAUCUGCCAGGAGCAGGUAUACCUGAAAGUCCUUUCAGGGGGACACCCAGAAGUCAAACCUGUGGCUUCUGUCCCCAAGGGGGAAGGGCAACUUCUGCCUAGAAGAGCAGGGUUGUAUAACCCCUGGCCUUUCUGGGCAGUGUCUGGUCUUCCAGCCCUAAUUUAGCUACCCUGUCUGAGGCCUAGGACUCUCCCUCUGCCCCUUCCUUCCCCAUGUGUUCUCCUGAGGGCUCCUGGGGACAAAGGGAACUUCUAGGUCUAUCAGGGGAAGACAGGCCUGUCAAGAGAUGCCUGGCUCUGCCUGCUCUCAGCUUCUGCCCUAGCCCUGGAGGCUGCUGGGAAGGGGAGAGGAUAUUCUCCAGGGCUCCAGAACUCUGGGAGUCCUGUAGGUGAGUUUCAGCUCCCCCAGCAUGCUCAGGUUCUGCCCCUCUUUCAGGCCAGGACUUGGGGAGCCUGUAGCUGGAACCCUGGGAGUGGCCUCACAUCCCUGGUGUUUGAGUGCUUGGAAUCUGUAGCCUCCAGCUCUGCCCCCCAGGGGAUUUCAGCUUGUUCCCCUGCAGUGCAGGGAGGCUCCAGUGACAGGAAUGUUAUCCCAGGCAGUGAGGAGGCAGGGGAGGAGGCCUCCAGCACUGCACAGUGGGGGAGCUCAGCAAGAAUGGGAGGCCCUGGACCUAGGACUCAAACCUCCUCUCCACCCUGCUUUCUGUUCCCAGGAGCCCUCCCCCACUCCCUCCACCAGCCAGGGGCUUGGUCACAGAGUUAAGUUGGGAGUCCCUGGCGGCUGGGAAGGGGGGGUG